CCUGUCUCCUACCUAUCCACUUCCCAAUCCUCCCGAGGAGUAAAACCCCCUGCUAUCCCCCUCCUCCAUCCUCCAUUGCCUUGCCGGCAGCUGAAUCCUCCCUGAAUUCUCUCAACAGAGACCUCUAAAUGGCGGAACAGAAGCAGGGGUUGGUGGUGGCGAAGCUGAUGCCUCAGCAGAACCCAGUCGAGCAGCUGCAGGCUCGGUUCAAGGAGCUCGAGGUCGGCUUCAAGACGUGGCUCUCGAAGCAGUCCCUGCCUGUGGAAGCCGCUGUGGUGACGGCUACGAGUGCUCUGCAGGGGGCUGCCAUCGGGGGCAUUAUGGGGACUAUCACCAAUGACUUGUCGCCUUCCUUCAGUCCCCCUCCUCAAGCCAACCUCAACCCUCAGGCCAUGGCGUCUCUCCAGCAAGCUCAGGCUCUCUCUGGAGGUCCCUUAGUACAAGCUCGGAAUUUUGCUGUCAUGACAGGUGUGAAUGCUGGGAUAGCCUGCGUCAUGAAAAGAUUGAGAGGCAAGGAGGAUGUUCAGUCUAGUAUGGUGGCCGCUUUUGGGUCUGGAGCAAUGUUUUCUUUGGUUAGUGGAUUAGGUGGCCCAAAUCAGGUGACCAAUGCUGUGACUUCAGGACUCUUCUUUGCACUUGUUCAAGGCGGACUUUUCAAGUUCGGGCAAAAGUUCUCUCAGCCACCAGUGGAAGAUACUCACUACUUGAGAACUAGAAGCAUGCUGACAAACCUUGGUCUUCAGAACUAUGAAAAGAAUUUCAAGAAAGGUCUCUUGACGGACAGCACUUUACCUUUGCUAACAGACAGUGCUCUGAGAGAUGUGAAAAUUCCUCCUGGACCGAGGCUCCUCAUCCUUGAUCAUAUCCAGAGGGAUCCUGGGCUCAAAGGGGCAAGGAAGAAAUAGUCGCCUGAGAUCCAUCUUUCUCUCAUUAGUACUGUCACCGAGAUUUCGCCAUAAUGAUGCAGCGGCAGCCUCUUGAACUCAUUCCUUGGAGUUUUAAGCGCUGCUUAGGGCCUCGUGUACUCAGUGAUUGGUGAAAUCGAGGUUCAAAAUGCCAUGCAAUAGUUGUCAUUGGACCAUGAAUGAGAAGAGUAGACUGCCCUAGCAAUUUUCUGAGAUUAUGCUUAGCUAUUAUUUUUGACAAUAUGAUCAUGCAAAAAAAUCGAUGUAUUGCUGAUCACGUUUUCUUCCUGGUAAUUACUGUUGAUUGGAAGUGAGAACUGUCAUCUGUUUGAUGCUACAUCUUACUUCCGGUACUUGAUCAA